CAUUAGACUUUAUAGGUCAUCAGUUAUGCAAAAGCUACCCUAUCUCGAGAAAGAAUUGCACCCCUAUAGCGACUAGCCAUUAAUAUAUUUUGCAUUUAACCCCCUUCUAUUCUACACACCUUUCACUUUUGAUCCUCAUCGUCUCCCUCCCUCGUCGAUCUCGAGGGAUUCUCCUAGAAAAUCAGUAGAAUCCGGCGAAGCAGCAGCCAAGAUUCACUUGGCGAGAGCGAGGUGCGGAGGAAGAAUCCGAUGGAUCAGCUGCCCCAGGCAGUUAGCGAGAAUUAUGCAAAUCCAAAGACUUGCUUCUUCCAUGUGCUCUUCAAGGCAGCGGCAUUGGCAUUCUACAUAUUGUCUACGCUGUUCGUGAACAACUUCGUCAUCAUCUUUGUCAUUACUGUGCUCCUCGCAGCACUUGACUUCUGGGUCGUGAAGAAUGUCAGUGGCAGGAUACUGGUUGGGUUGCGGUGGUGGAAUGAGAUUAACGACCAGGGCGAGAGUGUCUGGAAGUUUGAGUGCCUUGAUGGAGAUUCUCUUGCUAGGAUGAACAAGAAGGACUCAUGGCUAUUCUGGUGGACUCUUUAUUUGACUGCUGCUGCAUGGAUUAUUCUUGGGAUAUUCUCACUCAUCAAACUUCAAGCUGAUUACCUUCUUGUCGUUGGAGUUUGCUUGAGCCUAAGCAUUGCAAAUAUUGUUGGGUUCACCAAAUGCAACAAAGAUGCCAAGAAGAACAUCCAGGAUUGGACUAGGAAUGCGCUUCUAUCGGAGGGUGUCAGGUCACGUCUGCAGUCUGCUUUCGGUGUCUGAACAGACAACCUAGUGUUACGUAUAGUGCUGUAGAAUUUAUGGAUAUGAUGAUGGCAUUUUUAUUUUGUUCCACUAGCCCAGUUUUUCUUCUCUACCCUAUACAUCUUCCUUUCCCCGAAUGCCCUUGAUUUUGUUCGAUUCAGUGCCACCAAAGAGAUUGAUCUUGUGACUAGAGCAUAAAUGGCACUCUCAAGAAAAGCACACCUCUCAGCAGUCAUACUCACUAGCUCUUGAUGAACUUUGAAGUUGGUUUGGCCUUCUUAUUGAUGGUGAUGUGUUGCUGCAUAACUGCAAAAUUAACUGUAAAACAUUCUGCUUGUGAUAGUUUGUACUCCCAACUGACGACUUGAAACCUUUUUCAUGUAUAGUAACAUAUAUAUAGUACUAUAUAGUUUACCC